AUGAUAGGAGAUGCGCAAUUGGGCUCUGGAUCAUCCUUAGUCUACCUGAAUGGAUCAGACGACAGCACUCUAUACUGUUGCAAUUCAGUUGUCGCCGACCGGGGCAAGACUGUCUGUAGCAAUCUUCCAGGGGGUGCUUCUCAAACACCAUUUACGGUCACCAGCGGCGAAAUUAUCCCAGAUGUAGCUGGUCUCUCCGGCCUGGUUCGCGCCUCCAACUCUUCAUCGUCUGCCCCCAACAACACGGAGAUAUGUGUCCAAGACUCUUCGAGAGAGACCGCCAUAGGUGCUGGAGUUGGUGUCCCUCUGGGCAUAAUUGCCCUAGGUUGUAUGGCGUGGGCGGUAUGGGAGAGAAGGGCACGCCAGCGCACAACAACUAGUUCCUCGAGCGAGUUCUCGUUCCUCGAGCGAAAUCAGGCCUAUGACAAAUCAUAUUCUCAGCGACCGGUGGGCGAACUACCUGCAUCUCUUCCAGAAGCCGCAGAGCUGGGUGAUGAGCUUGAGCCUCUUCUUAUUCUGGAUGCAUAA